AUGACUGGAAACAUGAAUUUCAUCUCACGUUCAUGUUCAUGUUCAUUUCGAUUGUUUUCUAAAUCCCAUGACGAUCAAGAAUCAAAUUUCCGAUCUCAAUCGUUUUCGCAAGAUUCUUUCAACUCAUCUUUCUCCUCCAAAUCAAGCCUUCCACCGUCAAUCUCCGCCAUGAUCGCAACAUCAACCACCCUUCACCACCACUGCAUCUCCACUUACAAACCCAAUUCGUCCGACAUCCUCUCUCUAACCCUUUCUGGAAACCACCUCAUCAGCGGCUCAUCCACCCAUAUCCACCUCUGGCCCCGCCACCCCGCCACCACAAACACCACCACCAAAUUCAUCUCAAUGCCGUGUAACAGCGCCGUCAAAUCUCUCCAUAUUCUCAACGAAAACAUACUAAUCAGUGCACACCAAGACCAUAAAAUUCAAAUAUGGCAUAUCAACAAGCUCAAAAUCAUAGCAACUUUACCAACCAUAAAAGAUAGAUUAGCCAAGAUUUUGUUUGCAAAAAACUACGUUGAAAUUCGCCGGCAUAAGAAGCUCACCUGGAUUCAUCAUAACGACGCUGUUUCUUCAUUAGCGGUGUCACUUGAUAAAUCUCUGAUUUACUCCGCUUCAUGGGAUCGAAGUUUUAAGGUUUGGAGAAGAUCGGAUUUCAAGUGUUUGGAAUCAAUUUCAAACGCACACGACGACGCCAUUAAUGCCAUUGUAUUAUCCGUUGAAGGCUUCGUUUACACAGGUUCAGCAGACAAGAAGAUCAAAGUGUGGGGGAACAAUCGAAGAGAUAAAAAACACUAUCUUAUAGAAAAAUUGGAACACCAUAAAUCCGCUGUGAAUGCUUUGGCUUAUGAUGAUCAUGUGUCUGUGUUAAUCUCCGGAGCUUGUUCAGGAGUAAUGAUAGCAAGCGAGAGAAACUCCGGCGGCGGAGAUGGUGGACAUAUGUCGGUUGUGGGAGCACUUUUGGGGCACAAAAAGGCGAUUCUGUGUGUGAGAAUUGUCGGAGAAUUGGUGUGCAGUGGAUCUGCUGAUAAGACAGUGAGGUUAUGGCGAAGAUCAGUGGGGAAAAGCUAUUCAUGUUUGGGUGUUUUGGAAGGUCACGGUGGACCGGUGAAGUGCUUGGCCAUGGCAGCGGAAAGCUCAGGCGAUGGUGAAGAAGAAGGAGGAGGGUAUAUGGUUUACAGUGGUAGUUUGGAUAGUGACAUUAAAGUAUGGAAAGUUAGGGUUCCAUCCGCCGUGGAAGAAGAUUCUAUGGCGAAUUUUGUUAGUUGA